AUGCUUCCCCUCACCAAACUUGUUGACAAAAACGGUGGAUAUCUUGUGAACGGAGAAGUCAAAAUUGUUGCCGAGGUAGAGGUUCUUGAAGUUAUUGGCAAUGUAGAUCAAUCUCAAGAGUCACCAAUCCAACCUAUGAAAAGGAUAAAGCUAGAGCAUGAUAAUAAUGGAGUCUCUAGUGAUUUGCUUAACUAUACUCCACCAGUAAAGGAAGACAUUGAUGACGAUGUGUUUCAAAUUCUUCCUUCACAGGUGGAAUUUGUGAGCCGUGUUUUUAAAAAAUACCCCGACAUUGCGUUAGAACUACGAGCAAAGAACCAAUCUGUGAGGACAGCAUGCAUGUAUGUCUUCCUCAGCGUAAUAGAGACACUGUGCAAGUCACUGCAAGAGCUCUCCAAUGAUGAUCUGAUGGAAGCAGGCAAUGCACUAACGUACUUGAAGUAUUCAGGCAUUAAGGUGGAUUGGUUGGAGCAGAAGCUUGAGGAAGUAAAGGAAAAGAAGAAGGGAGAGCAGAUUGGUGAGACUCGGAUCCAAGAAUUAGAGGAAGAACUCAAGGAUCUGAAGCGGAAGUGCACUGAUCUCGAAGCUCUUCUAGGGGGAGAGAAGACAAAGGUGUUGGGAGCCAGAGCUCCUGCUCUGACCUUGGAUGAUGAUGUUGUCUUAUGA